UCUCGAAGCAAAAAAAAAAAAAAAACCUAUCAUGGCUUUUCCAUUGUUUUCGGCUUUCAUGGAGAACCCUUCAUCAUCUGCUACUGCCGUGGUCACACGAGAGCAGUUUCAUACCUUUCAUAAAAUCGACAGAACCUUGUUCACUCGUCUUGUCUAUCCUCUAAGUCGAGACGUGGACCAGUCGUUUCUCGCGAUGGGUUUUCUCAUGAUGCUCGAGCAAUCCGGUUACGCCCCCGACCUAAUCGCCUCUCUUUGCUCUCUACCAGACAUUGUCGUCGACGCUGUGGCUAACGAAGUCAGUGUCUGUAUCAAUCUUCUAUUCAACCAUCAUUACGCAUCGACUGUCUUGGCUGCCAACAACGACGACAAUACCAUCAUACCUUUGCUCUUGCGUAUCACUAAAGGGAGGUUUACUCUCACGCUGAUCAACGCGAGCCGUGAAACUUUUUGCACUUUGUUGACAAAUAAUUGGAACGAUUUCUGCAUCCGAGCUUUCGAAGACAUAUGCGAGAAGGUACGUAAGUACAAUAGGGAGAAACUUUUGGCUUCAGAGAGAGAGAAAUACCUUGAGGAAUUGAGGAACCUUAGGCUUGGUUGUCUUCAACAAGUUAGCCCUAACAGGAAUGUGCAAAACGUAGCUGUUGCUUAUCCUCUUCCUCCUCCUCCUGUUGGUGAAGAAGCAAACAAGGCAGCCGCGGUGAGGAUGUUGGCGGAAGAAGAGAGAGCAGCGAAGGCGGCUGCGGAUGAUAGGACUAUUUUCCUGACGUUUUCGAAAGGGUAUCCAAUAUCGGAAGAGGAAGUGAGGGUCUACUUCACUAAGAGAUUCGGGGAUGUGAUAGGAGCAAUAGAGAUGCAACAAGUUGAAGGUGAGCAGCCGUUGUUUGCGAAGCUGGUGUUGAAACCGUCGUGUGCGUUGAUGAUGGAAGAGAUUGUGAGUGCGAGGUUUAAGAACAAGUUUACCAUCAAUGGCAAACAUGUUUGGGCUCGUAAGUAUGUUCGCAAGAACAUACUCUCAGCUUCAACCUCUACUCAUGUUUGAGUGUAUCUGUGCUUCUUGAAUAAAACUGUUGUCGUUGUUGUUUUUUUUGUUUAAUGAAAAUUGUAUCGUCUUAUCGUAUUAAUGUUCUACACAUUAGUAUAUGUUCAGAUUGGCGAAAAUAAAAGUAUUGUUGUACCAGUUCUCCUAAGUGUUAAUUUUGGUUUUGAUAUCUUUUUUUAAAAUA